AUGAAUAUCCUUCACAGCCAACUCAACGGCAAUGAACCCAGUUUGCUUCGACAGCUCAUCUCUAAAACCUUUACCCCGUCCAGCCAGUCAGUUGGCCAAUGUUUCCAGACGUGCCCCAAGCCGGCAUCGUCUGCACGUCGCACUCAACCACACGUGACCCAGCACAACCUGGCAGGAUUAAUCGCCAACACCACGUUCUUUAGAUUCAUCGCCACCAGCCCCAUAUUUGAGUCUCCCGACGAGGCAAAAGAUCAGAAACAGUCUCCUAUUCAGAUAUCAAGUUCAGGAUCUUCAAAUGGACGUUUUGUUUCUGAGAAUCUCAACCUGACGUCUCACAAACCAACAGAUGUAGCCAGCUAUCAAGAUCCUAAUGUAAACGAAUGUGAUAUCGUUUCGUCAAACUCUCCAAUAUGUGCCCAGACACACGCAUUCAGUCCCAGCAUAUCUUCCCUGUCCCUGGAUGACCAGACAGAUCAUUUGGGCAGUUUAGCACUCAACGACCAGAUGCUGACCAGAUCACCUGUACGUACAUCCCUGCGUCGCUCCUCCUUGCUGCCACAAGUCUGGAGGAAGGACAUCAUAUUUGGUGCCGUCAUUGGGAAAGGUGGCUUUGGUAAAGUGCACACAGGACACAUCCAUGGGCGACCAGUGGCCAUCAAAGUGGUGCAAAAGAGAAGGGGUUCCGGAAUCCAUCGCGAGAUCCUGCAGGCAGAGAGACUUGCGUUCUCACUCCAUCUGAGGCAUGAGAACAUCAUCAGUAUCCUGGGUUUGAACCUCUGUGACGGCCUGCGAGGCGACGCCCUGAUCGUCAUGGAGCUGGUCAGUCCUCGGACCCUGCAGUCGGUCUUGGAUGACUGCAGUGAGACUGUGACCCUGGACACUAGGCUCAAGUUUGCCCUGCAGAUCAGCAAGGGUCUCAACUACCUGCACACAAACGACGUGGUCCAUCUGGACGUGAAGCCUCGCAACGUUCUCAUGACCACCGACAACACGUGCAAGCUCGGCGACUUUGGCAGCCUGACUCGCACCAGAAAGGAUGUUCCCAGGGAAGAGACAGAAUUCACUCAACUGUUAGGCACUCUACCGUACAGAGCUCCCGAAUUAAUGAGGGGUAGCUUCCCUUCCAACAAAGCAGACAUAUUCUCUUUAGGCAUCACACUCUGGCAGCUG